CGCUAUCCGUCAGUUGAUGGUGCAAUGCGCGGCAUCGCGAGACUUUCUAUUCUUCAAUUAUUUGAUGAGAGUGAAAUCGACCGUGAAACUUAAAAGCUAAUAAUAAUUAGAUAAUGCAUAAAAUAAAUAAAAGUUCGUUAUAAUUGAUUAAUAGACUAAAAAUGGGCAGAUUUCAUUUUCCGACACGGUGUUGUUCUGGAGGAUUCAGCUCUUUUAGGGCCAGGUGGAGUCCUAAUGCAGAUUUACAACUGCAGCCUAUGCCCAAGCCCAAGGAAGCUGAUGAAACAGACGAAUCUGUACCGGCAGUCGCAGAUGAGCCCGACAUUCUAAUAAUAAGAGACAUCGAUCCUUGUAUUAAGGAGAAUGGCUCGUUUCAUCAUACCUCACGAUAUGAAGUUAUGCAACAAAAAUUCUAUCCUAAAUUGGUGGUCAGGAGAGGUCAAAGUUUUCAAUUAGACAUCACCUUGAAUCGUCCGUAUGAUAAGAAGAGAGACGGUGUCUCGUUUAUAUUUUUCGUUGAUGGAGAAGAUAAACUUUCCCACGGUAACGGCUCACUCAUAGCUGUGCCGCUUUUAAGUAAAACAGAGCAAUCAUUAUCUUGGAAUGUAAUUCUAGACAAAGUGAAUGGGAACGUAAUCACUGUGCAGGUGACUACAUCACCUGAUGCUAUAGUUGGCAAAUGGAAUUUGGAAGUUGACACAAGACUCAUUCAAGAUGGAGCGUAUAGUUACAGCUGGGAAACGGGAAUAUAUAUUCUAUUCAAUCCUUGGUGUGUAGACGAUCAAGUAUACCUAAAAUCUAGCGAAUGGAGAGACGAAGCUAUCCUAAACGAUGUAGGACUAAUAUGGAGAGGAACUUACAAUAGACUGCGUCCAGUAAUCUGGAAAUACGACCAGUUCGAACAAGAUAUUCUAGAAUGCUCUUUAUACUUAGUUAGCGUCGUGGGAAAAGUCAAUGUCAAACAAAGAUCAGAUCCGGUAAUGACUUCAAGAGCACUAGCUGCUGCUGUAAACUCACCAGAUGACUACGGAGCGAUUAUGGGUAAUUGGUCUACCGAUCAUAGUGGCGGAACUCCCCCUACGAAAUGGCUAGGUAGCAAAGAAAUCCUACAACAGUAUUUUAAGAAAAAGAAACCUGUAAAAUACGGACAAUGUUGGGUAUUUUCAGGAGUUUUAACCACAGCCUGUCGUGCCAUCGGAAUACCAGCCAGAACUGUUACAAAUUAUUCCUCAGCUCACGAUACUCAAAACUCGCUUACUGUCGAUUAUUUCAUGGACGAAAAUGGUUCUUUGAUGGAAGAAAUGGCAUCCGAUUCAGUAUGGAACUUCCAUGUGUGGAAUGAAGUUUGGAUGGACAGACCUGACCUUGGUAGUCACUAUGGAGGAUGGCAAGCAAUUGACGCUACUCCACAAGAACUAAGUGAUAAUCAAUAUAGAUGUGGACCGUCUUCAGUCAUUGCGGUGAAACAAGGAGAAAUUUUAAGACCGUAUGAUAGUAACUUUUUGUUUUCGGAAGUUAACGCAGAUAAGAUAUAUUGGAAAUAUGCAGGACCAACUCAACCUUUAAAAAUGUUAGGAAAAGACACUUACGGUAUAGGUAAAUUAAUAUGCACCAAAGCUCCUGGAGUGUUUGACAGAGAGGAUAUAACGUACACAUAUAAAUAUUCAGAAAAAACCGAAGAUGAAAGAUCAACAAUGUUAAAAGCUCUCCGCCAAUCUGAAAAUCUAUUUUCGAGGUAUUAUUUGAAUGAGGAAUUUAACGACAUACAUUUCGAUUUUAAACUUAUUGACGAUAUUAAAAUUGGUCAACCAUUUAGUGUGAUUCUAUCGAUGAAAAAUAAACACAAAACAAAAGAAUUUAAAAUAGCUGCCAAAAUUAGAGUAGAGGUCGUAACAUACACUGGAAAAGUUGGCGAUAACGUAAAAACAGAAAAAUUCAUUGUAGCAGUGAAACCAAAUUCAAUCCAUGAUAUCAAAUUAGAAGUUAAAUACGAAGACUAUAUAAAGAGGUUAAUUGAUCAAUGCGCUUUUAACGUGGUUUGUUUAGCUAAUGUAGAAGACACUAAUUUUGAGUAUUUCGCUCAAGAUGACUUCAGAAUUAGGAAACCAGAUAUUAAAAUCAAACUCAGAAACAGUCCUGUAGAAGAAACUGAAGUUACAGCAGAUAUAUCUGUCGAAAAUCCACUACCAGUCUAUUUAAAAAAAGGUGUUUUUACUGUAGAAGGACCUGGAAUUGAGGGAAAGAUAAAGGUUUACACCAAAGACAGUGUUCCACCUGGAGCAAAUGCUAAAGGGGAGUUUAAAUUUAUUCCUCCGCGAACAGGAAGGCAUACAAUUGCUGCUAAAUUUGUUUGUAAACAAAUGGAUGAUGUGGAUGGAUAUCUUAUUAUUAUGGUAGAGCCAAAGAAAGAACAGGAAAAUGGCACCUCCAAUACCAUUUCUUAAUUUAUUUAAAAUAUUCUUUUGUUGCUAAAAACUGCAUUCGUAUUAUAUUAUUACCUACUUAGUAUCACGAGGCAAAUUAUUUUUAUAAACAUAAGUAAGUCGAUGUCUUAUUUUCUUUCAUAAAAAGUAAGACAGAAAAGAAAGUAAUACUGACAGUAUAAAGGACUUAACAGUAAAAUAUAAAGAACCCUUCAGUUAUAUAAUUAAUUAACUAUAUUUGAAAAAAAAAACAUUGGCGCUGGAAAUGACAAAGAGUGAAAAAAGAAGUAUUUCCGGAGAAAGUGGGCAUUAGCCAUAAAUUAUAAUAGUGUUAAACAAUUUUGAGCAUUUGCAAAAGACUUGGAAGGACAAUCAUCUUCGUAUAGACCCAUUUAUUCAAAAUAAUUAUGUUAACAAUAAGUAGAUAUUAGAUAAGUGAAAUAUGCACAAUAUUAUGAUAUUACGGAACGUGCAAUACUGUUUAAGAGCCUAUUCCUGAUGGGUGCUAAUUUUUAUCAGGUCUGGCAUAGGUACUAUAGUAAAUGGGUUGGCCUUAAGUGAGUGUUUGAAAUAAAUAUUUCAUUAAAAUAUUAAUUAACAUAAAAGUUAUUAUACCGUACCAUAAACAUAAAAUCGUGAGGAAAUAAUUAAGGUUGUACCUUUCUAAGUACUUAAGUAAUUUAGUUACCUGUUUCCUAUAACUAUUUAGUAUUCAGUAACAAGAUGAUGGGAUUUACUACAGUACCUAAUUCAAUUUUAAUUUAAACAAAUAUGACAAUACUUCCAUAGAUAUUAAAUAACACUAAAAAGUUUAAGAACUUGUGGUGGAUAUGAUAUUGUUGCUACAUAUAUAGAAUUUAGACCAAAUGCCUACCUAGGUACAUAGGUAGGGACCUAAGUAAAAUUAAACUAGGA